AUGUCGACGACUACGAAAAAGCGAUGCGGCGUCCUAGGAGCCACCGGCGCAGUAGGGACGCGGUUCAUUCUCCUUCUUGCAGACCAUCCGCUUCUGGAACUAGUAGCGGUAGGUGCUUCAGACAGAUCGGCAGGUAAAAAAUAUCGUGACGCUGUGAGAUGGAAGCAAUCGUCGCCCAUGCCUGCCAAAGCUGCAGACCUGACCGUCCGCUGUUGCGCCCCCUCUGAAUUCUCAGACUGUGACAUCAUUUUUUCCGGGCUAGAUCCUGAUGCCGCUGGCGAGAUUGAGAUGGCUUUCCUCAAGGCGAAUUUUGCGGUCUUUUCUAAUGCGAGAAAUUAUCGGUUGGAUCCUGUGGUGCCGUUGGUGGUACCUCUAGUUAAUGCGGGGCAUAUUGAGGUGAUUCCGGCACUAAGGAAGCAUUACGGGCUUGGUAAGGGGAUGAUUGUGUGCAAUUCAAAUUGUGCAGUUGUGGGCUUGGUUAUUCCAGCAAAGGCACUUAUUCUGAAGUUUGGGCCAAUCGAGUCGGUGAGCAUGGUGACUAUGCAGGCUGUCUCGGGAGCGGGUUAUCCUGGCGUCAGCAGCAUGGACAUCUUUGAUAACAUCGUCCCCUACAUACCAGGCGAAGAAGGCAAGAUCUCCUCUGAAGCGCGCAAAAUUCUAGGCGAUUUGAAGUCGGACCUUGCUGGAUUCAGCGACCAUAAACCCCUUCAAAUUUCCGUUGCGUGUAACCGUGUCCCAGUGCUCGAUGGCCAUACCGUGUGCGCAUCGUUGCGGUUCGUGAACCGACCCUCACCAACUGCGAGCCAGGUACGUGAUGCAUUGAGAGAGUAUACAUCAGAGGUUCAAAAACUAGGGUGCCCUUCCGCUCCAAAACACGCUAUUCAUGUUCUGGAUGAUGUGGAUCGGCCGCAGCCUCGCCUUGACAGAGACACUGAACGGGGGUACGCGUGCAGCGUGGGGAGGAUUAGGGAAGAUGACAGUGGGAUCUUUGAUAUUCAAUUUGUUGCUCUUAGUCACAAUACGAUAUUGGGGGCGUCAGGCAGCAGUAUUCUAAACGCGGAGAGUGCGAUUCUGAAGGGUUACGUGUAG